GCAGCAGUGGAGGGCAGCAAGCUGAGCAUCGAACGCGAGCACCAAGAUCGUCUGAAGCGACACGAGAUGAUUGACGAUGGCUUGUCAGCUGUUCAGGACGAGCAGCGUCGCGAGGCCGUUAUGGACCAGUUUCAGGAGCAGGAGAAGCGCCUGGCCGUGGCAAAAUGCAGGCAUUGGUCGACGGCCGACCUGACAUCCAUGGCGGUUCUCGGUGCAGGUGCCUUCGGCACGGUCUUCCUCGUGAGCUUGAAGGACUCCCCAUCGCCUCAGUACUUCGCACUGAAGCAAAUGACAAAGCAGAGGCAUGCCAAGAAGAACAUCAAGAAGGGCGUCUACAACGA